CACUUUUCCAAGAAAACUCUCUACCAAUAUAUUUAUGAUCCUAUGAUAAAAUCACCCAAGAAAAAAGAAAAAAAUAAAUAAAAUUUGAAAGUGGGAAAUCCUUGCUCAUCAAAUUUUUCUCCCAUUUAUUCCUUUUUGUUCCUCCCUUUUGUCCAUGGAGAUGGAGCUGGAGGCACCCAGUCGCCUUCUUCUUUCUUGAAAUAGUUCAUCACAUGUAAUGUUUUAUUUUGUAAUGUAUUAUUAUUUGUGGGUUUUCUAAGACCUCGGAUGUGAUGUAAUAAUAUUUUGUAGACUUUUCGAUUGCUUUUGUGGGGUGUCCAAUCAUUAGUGUGUGUGUGUGUAUGGGGGCACAUUCGAAUAAUCUACAAGGGAAUAUGCUUUCUACGCCAACUUAUGAUCAACGGACAUCCCUUGGCGGUUUGUUGCUUGUAUGAGUGUUCUUCGCAUGUGGGAAUUGAAAAUUUCUGCUGUGUUGAUGCCAGUCUCUUGAUAAUCAUCUUGGGUUCUUAAAGUUUCGACCUUUAUGCUAUUUCUUGAUCUGGGUUGUCCUUGGAACUUGAAUUCUAUUGCGAAAAGCUGAGGAGGAGGAGGAGGAAAAAAAUUAGGAGUUUGAAUUUUUGAUGGAAGGAAUUAUGGGAGGUAGGUUGAACCGGUUUGGACUAUGGAUUUUCUGUCUUGACUUGAUUUCAAGAUUCUGUUAGUUGGGAAGUGGUGAAGUAUUCUAUAAUUCUUUCAAGAUGCAAGCUGUGGGGAAGUUAGGUAGCUACAUCAGUAGAAGUGUAUAUACUGUGUCUGGGCCGUUCCAUCCAUUUGGUGGUGCUGUGGAUAUAAUUGUGGUGGAGCAACCAGAUGGGAGCUACAAGUCGUCGCCUUGGUAUGUUCGGUUUGGAAAGUUUCAGGGCGUAUUGAAGACAAAAGAGAAGGUGGUUAGCAUUAGUGUCAAUGGUGUUGAAGCAGAUUUUCAUAUGUACUUGGAUCAUAAAGGGGAAGCCUUCUUUCUGAAGGAGGUUGAUAUAGAUGCAGGGGAGUCUCCAGGUUCUCCUCCAUCCUCAUUGGGUGAGGAUAUGGACAAGCAACCUCAGAGUAGGUUGCCACUGAAAUCGAAAAGUUGCAACUACAAUUCUGAUUUCCCUGAUUCAAUUGGCAAUGAAAGAAAUGGGAAUUGUGUUGCUGUCGGUAGGAGCACUUCUCGUCGGUCACAGAUUUUGAGCCUUGUUUUUGGGAGGAGAACAAUGAAAGAGGAAGGAGGUCAGGAGGAAAAAAAUGCAUAUGAUAUGGUUAGAACUGAUUCUUUGGAGCGUGCUGAGAUUGCAGCUGAUCUCUUGGACUUGAAGUGGUCGACUAAUCUUGCUUCAUCCAGGAACAGGAAAGAUAAUGCUUCACGAUUUUCUGCUGUAGAUACAUCGAAAGAUGAAGCCAAUAUAAAUUUGCAGGUUGGUAGUUCUAGUUAUGAUGAAACAGGACUUAUUUCUCAUACAAGCUAUCAGGAACUGAAGAGCACUCUUGAGGAGAAUGUUGUUGAAAUGAAAUGCUUAAGCACCGAGUGCCUUGUUCAAACACCCACUAAAGCUGAAAGUGUUGGAUAUACUAAUUUGUCAGAUGCUGAUGCUCUGAUGACUGAUAAACGCGGCCUAGCUGAAAGUUCUGUGAUUACAGUCUCUGAGUUUGCGAAAGCUGGGUCACGAAUUGAAGACUCUGUUGAGAAGCUUAAUGGUUUGGCAGACACCAGUUUCUCCGAGUCGAAUCCUAGAGAUCGUACCCGGUCCUUAUACCAUUGUCAAGCUUCAGGGACCUCAAGAGUUGUGUUGGAUGCAUCUAUUGAACGAAAAACCAACCUCAUUUGUCAUGGAGGAUGUGAGGAAGUCUGUGUUCAGUGCGAGGCUGUUCAGGAUAUGGCUUUGAAGUCUGAACCAGAAAGAGACAUGAUACAUGCACAGGAGAAGUCAUUAACCAUCCAACACGGUUUAAGGAAAGGGGAUGGACUCAGUUUCGUUCAAGAAGAAAAGACGACUAUGAACAGAGGAACUAUAUAUGGUGCUUCAGAAAGCACUGUCACCGAAUGCUAUCCUGAAUUAGUUCCCCUUCAUCAAUCAAAUGAUUACAUUAAGGAUGUCGACUCACAGAGUGUUGCAACUGCCUCUAGUUUGAGCUACUCAACUUGUUCGCCUGCAGAAGAACAAACUAUUUUGGCAAAAGGUGAAAUAAACAAGCAUUCGACCUCUGUAGGGCCUGUUUGUGAUACCCAUAUUUCAGUUUCCAAUUUUGUUCCACCAUGUAUACAAGCAUCAAGAAUCUCAGAGGAAGAGCAGCUCCUCUUCGGUAUCCCAGAUAAUUCUGGUUACAUUGAUGGCAAACAAAUGGGGCUCAGUCAUGCUGACCUUGAGGGGGAGAAUGCUGAUUCCUCAUUUCCAUCGGGAGUUGCUGGAGUUAAUGAGUCUAAUGAUGCAACAGGUUGCUCUGUUUUUUCAUUAGACCAUUCUGUUAUAGAUGACUAUAUAAAUGAUGCUAAUCUAGAGAGAAGAAAGUUAAGAUCCAUAUCUGGUGAUGUUUGCCUUAACAAAACUGGUCAUGUUCAGUCCAAGGAACUCAUGAGAAUGGUGAGAUCUUUGCCCAGUUUACCCCUCCGAAAUAACCUUGAAGUAAGUGAUCUUGGCCAUGCUUCCAACCCUUCGCUGUAUCCAGGUAUGGAGGGAGGUGCCAACAGGAACAAUCACCAAUUACCCUGUGCUCAAACAAUGGCUGAAGAUGUUAACGUUCUAAAGGAGAACAAAGAGGAACAUACUAACCCAUCCAUUGGGAAUUCUCCUAGAUUUGUUGAUUCUUUAAGGGGAAGCCGGAGAGGUUGGCCCUUCUCUUUUAAGAGAUCGAGGAGCAUGAAAGUUUCUCAUGUGGACACAAACAGCAGUGAAAUUCCUAGUGCUGUAAAGUUCCUAAAUGACUCUAGUGAGUUGGAGGGAGGGAAAGAUGUUGCCAAUGGGAAGGUAAACAAGAAGAUAGUAAGGACGCUUACUCCAACAUCUGAACAAUUAGCAUCAUUAAAGUUAAAAGAAGGGAAGAAUAUAGUGAUUUUCACCUUCUCAACUGCAAUGCUGGGCAAGCAACAGGUUGAUGCUCGGAUUUUUCUGUGGAGAUGGGAUGCUCGAAUUGUGAUCUCUGAUGUUGAUGGGACAAUUACUCGGUCUGAUCUUCUAGGUCAGGUGAUGCCUUUGGUUGGUAUGGAUUGGUCGCAGUCAGGUGUUGCACAUCUCUUCUCAGCAAUCAAGGAAAAUGGAUAUCAGUUACUUUUCCUCAGUGCACGUGCAAUUUCUCAGUCCUUUCAUACCCGACAAUUCUUGUUUAAUAUCAAGCAGGAUGGAAAAGCCUUACCAGAUGGACCUGUUGUCAUCUCCCCUGAUGGACUCUUUCCUUCUCUAUUUCGAGAAGUUGUUAGAAGAGCUCCUCACGAAUUCAAAAUUGCUUGCUUGGAGGACAUCAAGGCAUUGUUUCCUGGUGAUAGGAAUCCAUUCUAUGCUGGUUUUGGAAACAGAGACACUGAUGAGUUUAGCUAUCUUAAGGUUGGAAUUCCGAAGGGGAAAAUAUUUAUCAUAAACCCAAAGGGUGAGAUUGUUGUAAACCGCCGUGUUGAUACCAAGUCAUACUUGUCUCUACAUGCCCUUGUACAUGGCAUGUUUCCCACCAUGUUAUCUUCCGAACAGGAAGAUUUUAAUUCAUGGAAUUAUUGGAAACUUCCACCGCCGGCUAUUGACGUUUAAAGGUUAUGGCUUUGAAGUGGAGGAGCAGGCCGGCAGCAUCUUCAAGGACUGUAAUGUUGAGGGCAUUUGAUGGAACGGAGAGCUUCAUACUCACAUGUGAUUACUAUCGAAGUCCAAUCGUCGUUGAAUGGCUUGUAGCCUUGUACAAUAUUUACCGCAUAAUGGGACACAUCAUUUUUAUCCUGCUGACCCGAGAAGCGGCCAUAUUCUUCUUGUAUUUAUGUCAUGUCUCCUUAGUUAUCGAAAUGGUGGAGUAGCUGCUUUAUUGCCUAAAAGAUUGGCUUUGGAUUGCUAUUGCUAGGGAAUUUGAAUUAGCUGUUACGAACUCUUGUCAAUUCUUGGAGCGCUAAGAUUUCUGGAACAGUGUAACAUAUAAUGUUACUAUUAAGUUUCUUCGCAUCAGUCUUAUUUUGUAAAUUGUAAAUUUGUAAAUUGUAGAGCACACGAUCUAUUGAUAUAAAUAGUUCCACAGCAUCACCCGACAUGCUGAAUAGAAAUUUAGAUUUGCUCAUGCUCGUUUUUGUGCUAAUCUGUUUCUUCUUGCUAGUUCA